AUGGCUGUUGGCAAAGAGAACAAGUGGAAAGACUGUAGGACUAAGUUCUACAUAGUCAAGUCUGCCGAUAGCCGCCUGAACCAAAAGUAUAACAGGUGGAAUAAGGAUCCACCUCUCCUAGCAGACAAAGCAAUGGAAAAGCUCUCGGCCACAAGGAAGCCGGCUGUAUCUGCUGCUCGAUACAGGUCGAAUGUCCUAAAUAGGGCAGAAGUAACCACUCACACCAAAGUGGACGAGCAGAAAACUGGCGGCACCUCCAAGGGUGCACCUUCCAAAUCUCCUUCAAAACCAUCCGACCCUAAAAUCCAAAAGACUAGGGCGGGUGAUGUGAGCGCAUCCGGCAAGGGCGGCCGGAAGCACAUUGCUCAUAGGCCCAAGAAGGGCCCAGACGCCUCUUCUCUCGAAGCUGAAAAGGAGAUCAGCAAACCGGAUGCCCAGAGGGCAUCGAAGGGUGGCUUUAAGCAACCCACCACUGCUGUCGGCUCAACAGGAGAGAAGAGGAGCCUGGGGAGAGAGGAGGAACAGAAGGACGACGUUCCUGUGCAGAGGCCGACUGUAGUCCAGAUGGCCAAGUCCAUGCUGAGGGCGGUUAAUCCUGACGACAAGGCGUCUGUCAGAGGAGUCGGCAUCCUUGACUUGGAUGGCAUCUUGGGGAACCUUUGCGAGGCGGAAGCCAAUAUGCAGGUGAAGAAGGACCUGGACUCGGCUCGCCUGCGCAUCACUUCCCUUAAGAAAGAGAUUACAACUCUUAAGGAGAAGCUCGAGCCUCUUCAAGAUGCCAAAGAAGAGGCCGAGAGAGCCAAGCAGAAGGUGGGCCGCCUGGAGCAGCGCCUCAGCAACCAGGAGCAUCAGCUGAAGUCCAAGUUUGAGUCCGUGGCUGAUCAAGAGAGAGAGGCUCUUGUUAAGAAAAUGAUGAGCGAUUAUGAAGCCAUCAUGCGGGAUACUUGGGCGGCUGUACAGCCGGACUCGGACUAUCAGAUUUGGAAAUCCAAAUUUGACGAAGCCAGCAAAGCAUUCGACGCUCGCCUUAUUGAAGAGGCUGAGAAUGCUGAGGCCGAGGAAAGUUCUGGGUCCGACUCUUCUGGGGAGUCGUCCUCUGGUGGCGAGGAGGAGGAUCAGGCGGAGGAGCAAGAGAAAAAGGAUGAAGAGCAGCCGAAGGACGACAGGCCGGCUGCCACUGAAGAGGCUCUCCCCUGA